UUUCAUUAUUGUCCGACAGGAACAAGUGACUCAUAGCUGUCUAGUUCUCACAGUUCUCUGCCGUCCAGACAAUACAACGGGAGCCACUGUGUCGGCCUGUUCUGUUCGCAGCUUCAAAUUCAGCAGUGUAUGAGAAGAAGAGGUGUGACAAAUGAUGGCACCCCAGUGCUGGCCUCUGCUAAACUGAUCGUGAGUACCGGGUUCGGUUAGGUGUUGGAUUGGGCGUAGUCAGUCAUGGAUAGCCAGUGCAGCAGCAGUGUGGAUUCUCGAGUCACCCCCAGGGUCCUGAGCUCCAUCAACUCGACCCACAUGGAGUCUUACGAGCUGGGAGAGAAGAAAUGCAUCUCUGAUGUGAGGAGGACCUUCUGCCUCUUCGUGACCUUUGACCUGCUCUUCGUCACACUGCUGUGGAUUAUAGAGCUGAAUGUGAAUGGGGGUAUCCGAAACCAACUGGAUAAGGAAGUGUUGCACUACGACUACCAUGCAUCCUUCUUUGACAUAUUUGUCCUUGCUGUGUUCCGCUUUGCGUCCCUGAUCAUGGCGUAUGCUGUGUGUAAGCUGCGCCACUGGUGGGCAAUAGCGAUCACGACAGCCAUCACCAGUUUUUUCCUGAUUGUGAAAGUCAUUUUAUCAAAGCUCCUUUCCCAGGGUGCCUUUGGCUACCUGCUGCCCAUUGUCUCGUUCGUGCUGGCCUGGAUAGAGACCUGGCUGCUGGACUUCAAGGUGCUGCCACAAGAGACUGACGAUGAGAACAGGUAUCUGUCUGCGCUGGACGCUGCAGAGAGGGCUCCACUCAUGCAUCCAGGCCCCAUGUCUGAUGGACAGUUCUACUCUCCGCCGGAGUCUCUAGCAGAUUCUGAUGAUGAGUUGCUGGAUGAGGAUAAACACGACCCUGAAAAGCCCAUUAUCUAACAGGAACUCACCGCUGCAUGGCAUAAACACAUGCUGUGGACAGCAUACUGGUGUCUGCUGACCCUGAAGCUGAGCAAACUCUCAUACUUUCCACUGUACCCACCAACGCUGUCUGACUGGGAGGAUGGGGGGGGGG